GACAUGCGUCAGCGGGUGCCUCACUCCCAGGAUGCAGACUGUACCCAUUGAUCUUUCCCUUGGACCUCCUCGAGAGCUCCGCCGCGGUCAAAACGUUGGCGGACUUGGACUGAGAGUACGCAAUGAACGCCUGGGUGUGCCCGAUGCUCGACACGAAUACGACGCGCGGUAUGAACUUGUCUGUCCAGGUCGCGAGAAUCUUCGGCGCGAUGAGCGCGGUGAAUAGGAACGGGCCCAGGUGGUCCGUGGCCAUUUGAUUCUCGAGUCCGUCGACGGUCAGUUUGAACGGGCCAAUCGGGGCCGCGGCGUUGUUGAUAAGGACGUGGAUCGGCUCUUUGUAGGAGUUGACCUCCGCUGCAGCGGUGCGCACGGCGGCGAAGGAGGAGAGAUCGAGGAUGAGGGUGCGAGUAUUGGCGUGCGGGACCUCCUUCUUGAUUGCAGCCUCCGCGAGCUUCAAUCUGCGACGUGGAUUGAAUCAAGUCUGCCUCAACAACUAUGGUGGAUCGCACCGCUCAUCACUGUACCCAGUGAUCACGACCAGUAACAAUAACUGCGUCAGCAUCAGUGCUGAGCCAAUUCAUCCAAACCGUCGCAACGUCUUCCGCGGUGGUGUUAAAGUUGAAAGUAGGGUAGGACAUUUCUGCGGGUGUCUUUGGGGCGGUCGUGUUGUGCCUAGGCGGGUCGCUCCCUUUCUAUUUCAAACUUCGCUUGUGCUUCUGUU